AUGGCUAUCGAUGCUCUGCGUCUAGCAAACACUGCCUUUGCAGUUGAUAUGUUCAAAAAAUUGUGUGAGAAGGACAAAACAGCCAAUAUUGUUUUUGCUCCACUGUGUACUUCAACUUCUCUGGCUCUGGCAUAUAAAGCUACCAAAGGUGACACUGCAACCCAAAUGAUAAAGGCACUCCAUUUAGAAGACGUCAAAGAUGUUUUGUUUGGGUUCCAAACAGUAACGUCUGAUGUUUCCAAACUCAGCUCUUUCUUUUCAUUGAAAAUGGUCAAACGGCUCUAUGUAGAAAAGUCUCUGAACCCCACCACGGAGUUUAUCAAUGCCACCAAGAGACCAUUUCCAUCUGAACUGGAACUAGUAGACUUCAAAGAAAAAACGGAGGAAACCAGGCAGCAGAUCAACAAAUCUGUUUCGGAGCUAACCGAUGGUAAAAUGGAGAACAUUUUGAAUGAGGGGAGUAUAAAUGACCAGACUAAGAUCCUCCUGGUUAACACAGCUUAUUUUGUAACAAACUGGAUGAAGAAGUUCCCAGAGGCACAAAUCAAAGAAUGUCCUUUUAAAAUCAACAAGACUGAAACAAAACCAGUGCAAAUGAUGAACCUGGAAGCUACGUUUUGCCUGGGCUACGUAAAGGAAUUAAAAAUAGCCAUCCUUGAGCUCCCUUGCCUCAACAAGCACAUGAGCAUGCUCAUUCUGCUACCAAAAGAGAUUGAGGAUGAUACCACUGGCUUGGAACAGCUUGAACAGGCCCUCACUCCUGAGACGUUAGUACAGUGGACCAAUCCCAGCGUGAUGGCCAAUACCAAAGUGAACGUGUUUCUUCCCAAAUUUAAGGUGGAAGGGGAUUAUGAUCUGAAGCCUGUUCUGGAAAGCUUGGGGAUGACAGAUAUUUUUAAUGAGAAUGUAGCAGACUUCUCUGAAAUGUCUGAGACUAAGGGCGUGGUUUUGUCACAGAUCACCCAUAGAGUCUCUCUGGAAGUAAAUGAAGAAGGUGCUGAAUUGAGAGAGGUACCAGGAUAUCGGAUCCUGCAACACAAAGAUGAAUUUAAAGCUGACCAUCCAUUUAUCUUCUUGUUUAGGCAUAACAAAACCCGCAACAUUAUUCUUUCUGGCAGAUUCUGUUCUCCUUAA